AUGUUGAGGUCGAGGGAUCCUUUAAUCGUCGGGAGGAUCGUCGGCGACGUGGUCGACUACUUCGACGCGUCGGCGCGGCUCAAGGUGUUGUACGGCAACCGUGAGAUGACGGUUGGGUCCGAGCUGAGGACGUCGCAGGUGGCCAACCAACCCACGGUGCGCAUCACAGGAAGAGCGGGAUCACUCUACACGCUCGUGAUGGUUGACCCUGAUGUGCCUAGACCAAGCGACCCUUCCGAACGGGAGUACCUCCAUUGGCUUGUCACAGACAUACCAGAAGGAGGUGAAGUGGGCCUUGGAACCGAGGUGGUGGCCUACGAGAAGCCGGAGCCGACGGUGGGGAUCCACCGUUUGGUAUUCGUGGUGUUCCGGCAGGCGGCAGGGUGGAAAAACAACUUCGUCACGAGGGACUUGGCUGAGUGCUACAGCCUCGGCGCUCCAGUCGCAGCCGCCUACUUCAACUGCCAGAGGGAGGGCAGCUGCGGUGGCCGGAGGUGGUACACAUGA